GAAUCUUGUGUGGAACAAGCUCAUUUGUAGUCACGAGUACAGCCAGAGAACGAAGGAGAAGCAAGUGGCAAAGUCUCAAGACAGCCAGGGAACAGAAGGGAGUGUUCAGCUGCUUGCAUUUAAGGGAGCUCAGCUGCGGCUCCGGCAGAGAGCACCCAAAGUGGAUUCUCAACUCUCCCCCCUGAAUAGCAAGGCUGGGGCAGCAGGCUGCUGUCAGGAGAGGUGUGCGGCAGCGGAGCGGCAGGAAGGACCCGCAGAGCUGUUGUGCAGAGCUGUUGUGCAGAGCUGUUGUGCAGAGCUGUUGUGCAGAGCUGUUGCCAUAAGGCUGAUGAAGACGGGAACACUCUAAAGAAAAGCACCUGGAAUGCCCUGAUAGGUAGAAGUGAGGUUUUGUUCACGUGCCAUGGCUCACUUCUGCCAGCCCUGAAAGUGCUGUAAAAGGUGAAACAAGCCCACAGGUGUACCGAUGGAAAAGACAGGAGAUGCACAGAGUUGCCAGAACAAGAGUGAGGAGGACAUCCCAAAGAGUUCCCCAUUUGACUUUGUUAUAAAACAGUUCCAAGGGAAGAGGUCCUCUUCUGGAAAAAGAAAAGAGCAGCCUUCGGCCAUCCAGAAGUUCUUCAGUGGCUUUGACUUCGGGAAAUCGGAAGGCAAGGAAAGACAAGAAACAGAAGAAACAUUAAAAAACAACUGUAGAGCUGAUGAUCAGAGUGAGAAGGAAAAUCUCCCAGUAGAAGAUGAAUCUUCGCAGCUGAUUUCUGAGGCAGAGUCACCAUCUGGCGAGCAGAGAUUUAACCAGUUCAUGCAGAAACUGGGAAAGAAACCCAACAGCAAGAACCUGGAUCUCAAUAAUUGUGCAUUAAGUGCAGCAGAUGUAACAGAGCUGGCUUCUUUACUGCCAUUUCUCCCAGAGCUGGAAGAGAUCAGCCUCUCCUGGAAUGGUUGUGUUGGAGGGACUUUGAAAACCCUCACUGCUCAGCUCCAUCAUGUGAACCUGCUGAAAGUCCUUCGUCUGAACAACUGCAGGCUGUCAGCUGAGGAUGUCACCUCCUUAGGAGAGGCAUUUGAAAUUGUUCCUCAACUUGAAGAACUGGAUUUAUCAUGGAACAGUAAUAUAGGUGGAAAACUAUCACUCCUGACAAAAAAACUUCGGAAAGGAUGCAAGAUUAAACUUCUGAAAAUUACAGAUUGUAACCUGACAGCCAAAGAUGGAGAAUCCCUUGCUGAAAUACUAAAUGUGCUCCCAAACCUUGAAGUUUUAGAUCUCUCUAUCAACAAGCACAUCGGUUGCAGCAUGAAGGUCAUUGCUCAGGAUCUGAAAAAUGUACCAGGCCUCAAGGAGUUGAACUUGCACAUGUGUGGAUUAAAGCAGGACAGCCUCCAGGGCUUAGACGCCGCUUUACAGCACCUUACAGCACUGAGAAAAUUAGACAUAUCGUGUAACAAAGAGAUUGGUGGUGGCUUUAAAGACUCAACAGCUCAUUUGGCCAGCUUGAAAAAUCUCGAAGUCCUUGACCUCCACCAGUGCUGUGUAACAGAAGAAGACGUGGCCGUUUUGUCCCAGGUGAUACCUUUACUCUCCAGUCUUCGAGAGCUGAAUUUAUCCUGGAAUAAAAACAUAGGAGUCUCAUCUGACCCUCUUCUCGGCAGACUCAGGUUUUUACCUAAGCUGAAAUCUGUGGCCAUCAGCAAUUGUGGUUUGGGCGAGGAGUCCUUUUCAGCACUAGCUGAGGCUGCCCUUCACCUUCCUGAACUGGAGAUAUUAGACCUUUCUUGGAAUAAGUGCGUUGGUGGAAACCUAAAGCUGCUUUUGGGAGCACUAAAGCUUGCAACGGAGAUUCAAGUGUUAAGACUGAGCAGCUGUAACUUGGUGGCUGAAGAUUUGGCGCUUCUAACGUUACUGGCACAUGAUGGCCACCUAGCCAGGUUACGGAAGCUGGAUUUGAGUUAUAAUAACAACAUCUCUGAUGAAGGGUGGAUGGUUUUCUGUCAAGGCUUAGCAGCACUCAAAGAACUCUCAGAGCUGGAUGUCAGUCUUCGCCCAUCAUCCUGCAGUGCCUGUGGGACGUGGUUCAGUGAGUUGUUAGCAGCACUGACAAAGCUGCCUGCAUUGGCAGAGCUGGGGAUGCAAAGAUGGGUCCUUUCAGAAUCACAGCGUAAACAGCUGGAAGGCUUUAAUCAAGACAACAAAAGAAACAUUCGUUUUGACUGCUGACGGAGGUUGGAGGUUUCUGGAAAGCCUUUCACAAGCAAUAUGUGAACUAAGUACUGUGUGUCUCGCUUAGAAGACUGCACGGUUUCUUGUUAUCUCUUCUUGUGAGAGGACUUGAAAUGGUUGAAAAUUUAUAUAAAAACAGUUAUUUAACUUUC